AAAAGACGUAAGAGAUCAACGGCCAAUCGCUACGCAGAGCGCCAAGUUCCUCUCACAGUGUCGGAAAACAUGGCGGAGAAGGGAGCAGAAUUUGGCUUCAAAAAGGACACAGUAAGCAAACUUUUGUCAAGUUCCUUCAAGGAGGAAAAAACAAAACUAAGCGGCGAUGCUGCGCUGCUCGUGGCGGAGAUGCUAAAAAUAUUUGUCCAAGAGGCGGCCGUGAGAUCCCAGAAACAAGCCGAAUCCGAGGACUGUGACCGAGUGGAUAUCGAGCACUUUGAGAAGAUCCUGCCUCAGCUGCUACUGGACUUUUAACAGUGAUGCCACAAGAUGGAACCAGAGUGCUGUCUGCGUGUCCCUACUUCAGUCCUACAGCUUAAGUUCCUGCAGCUGCAAGUUUAGUUUAGCUAUUGUUUAUUUUCCCUGUAUAACAACAACUUCAUAACCACCCAAAUCUGAGAAAAUGCCGAAACUCUAAUUCUGUAUUUGUUUGAGUUGU